AUGGCCAUGGACAAUGCUACAGCAGUGUUUGAGUUUCUUCUUAUUGGAAUCUCGAGAGUCACAUUUUUCACAUUGGUGCUGAUAACUUACCUCAGAACAUUAUUGGAGAAUGGACUUCCCAUUUUUCUUAUCCACAUUGACCCCCACCUCCACACCCCAAUGUACUUCUUCCUUAGUAAUCUGUCUUUCUUAGACGUUUGCAAUGGAACAGUCUCCAUGCCCCAGGCCUUGGUGCAUUGUUUCUCUACCCAUCCCUACCUCUCUUACCCACAUUGUUUGACCCAAAUAAGUGUCUCGUUGGUCUUGGCCACAGCGGAGUGCCUCCUGCUGGCUGUCGUGGCCUCUGAUCGUGUGGCUGCUAUCAGCAAUCCCCUGCACUAUUCUGUGGUCAUGAAUGGCUCAGUGUGUGUCUGGCUGGCUGCUACCUCAUGGGGGGGGGCAUCACUUGUGCUCACUGCCAUGCUUAUCUUAUCCCUGCAACUUCAUUUCUGUGGGGCUAAGGUCAUCGACCAUUUUGUCUGUGAAAUUCUCUCCCUUCUUAAGCUGGCUUGUUCUGAUACCAGCCUCAAUGAGCUUAUGAUCUUCAUCACAAGAUUUCCCCUGCUCCUACCCUUUGGGUUUGUUCUCCUCUCCUAUGUCCAAAUUGCCACUGCUGUUCUAAGGAUUCGCUCAGCCCAGGGUAGGCUCAAGGCCUUCUCUACCUGUGGUUCUCACUUGACUGUGGUGGCAAUCUUCUAUGGGGCAGCCAUUUCCAUGUAUAUGAAACCACAGUCCAAGUCAUCCCCUGACAAGGACGAGUUUAUCUCAGUGUUUUAUGGGGCGUUGACACCCAUGCUGAACCCCCUAAUAUAUAGCCUGAGGAGUAAGGAUGUUAAAGGGGCAAUGAGGAAAGUUAUGGCAAAAAGGGCAUAA